AUGCCUGCCGACAGGCGCACACCAUCUCAGCCAGCGAAGGAGGAGAGACCUCCGAGCAAGCCGACGGCAAGACGCAGAGCAUAUGCCAAACGAAGUUGUCUCAAAUGUCGAGAGAAGAAGGCGAGGUGCGAGUUACCUGAACACAGUCUCGCCACUCCUUCUUCCAUGACACCGCUCUCCAGCCAGCUAGCUUGCCAUCGAUGCAACGUCCUCUCGCUCGACUGCGUAGUAUGGGAUGGCGAUCGCAAACGCAGACCAAAGGUAUCCUCUGCUGCUGCAAGUGUCGCAUCCGCAUCCGCAUCCGCAUCUGUAUCGGCAUCGACAUCGACAUGCUUGCCUCCUUUCGUCAAGCCAGAGCCCGGCGCUUUACCUCGCAGUCCCGCUUCUCUGGAAGAGCUCGCAGCUGCUGCUCGUGUAUGCGAUCAGCGAACGACUUACGAUGAUGCACCGCACCUGCCGCCUCAUCGCGCAUCCUCGAGGCAGGCUAGCAGCUCGAGGGAAGCAGCCUCGUCGCUGGCAUCCGUACAGUUCUUCAAUCCGGUUGUAGAUCAUCUAUCUAGACGCCUUUCGCUUUCAGGUGCAUCUCCGCCACCCGAUCCAUGCCAUGCCUCGGCUCAUCGCAACUCUCAUUCAAGCUCUCGCUCGGAUCUUUUAAAAGCGGGCAACUCUGCCACUUUGGCUGCAUAUUGCACCCUCCAACCGCCUGGGCGUACGUGGACUUCGCUUUGGAGACCCUUGUCUGUUCUGAUCGACUAUGCUGCACAACAACCGAGCUUCACCUCCUACCUUGUCCUGCGUAUCGAUCGCGACUUGGGCGAUCUCGACAUUCUCGAUCUCAUCCCGCGUCAUACUCUCGCCUAUCUCAAGCCUUUGCUCAAACCGUAUCUUCUAUGGCAUCCGCAUCUUCCCGGCCUGGAUGAGAUGUAUGCUGAGCAUUGCAACAGGCCCAGCGUGUCGAGCGCACUUUUGCUCAGCUCCAUGUCUCUUGUCGCUUGUCGUCAUGCAAUGCCUCUCACCGACCCGUUGCCUACCAAGCUUUCCACCUUGGUGGAUCAGCUUGGUAGUCAGAUCUUGCUCUCGACGCCAAGGGACAUGUACACUGUGCAGGCACUCGAGCUUCUCUUGGCACACGAGCCUUCGCUCGUAGGAACCAGCCUGGCUGGCUCUGCACAGGCAGAGCGCGGUAACGGCUUGCUUGGCGAAGCGCUUCUAGCAGCUGCUCUUACCAUUGCACGCCGUCUUGAUCUGGACAAGGCAAUCGACAGUGUCAUGGAUCUCUGUCGUCGUCCCAUUCCCAGCGAUCCUGCAGAGGCGCAGGAGAGGCGCAACUCUCUCGCCAAGCAUCUCGCAGGCGCCUCGAUCUGGCUCAGUCUGCGCAUCUGGCAAGGACAUUUCUCCUUUGUCAACUCCACCCUGCGUCCCAUGGAACUGGCUGACAUGACGACCAAAGCAGAUCUCAUGGUUGCCAUCGAUAAUCAAGGUCGCAAGAUCGAGCGCAGAGAGCGCGAUCCUUUCCAGUCCACCGAGAAGCGUUUCCCUGGUCUAGACGAAGACAGCAUUCUUCGUUCAGCAGGCCGUACUGGUCUUGUCUAUCGAUUCAAAGCCAUGGCUCGCUUCAUGGACACUAUUGCUGGAAUGUAUCGUAUCCUUGCCAACGCAAGCAAGCCGCCGCAGAGCGUGCCCGAAGCUGCGACGCCUACGACAGAGCAGACUCGAAAGGAGAUGCUGGAGCUGCUUAGCAACUCGUCGCAUCAGCAGCUGUUUUGGCAAAGCGCAAAGUCACAAGCUUUCAGUGUAUUUGCAAGUGUCCGUCCCGCGCUUCUGCUGGAAGACUGGGCGACGAUCGAGUCUUAUUCGCUCCAAGAGCUCUUGCCCUGUCUCGCUAUCUGUGCCUUUAUGACUGGCGAGCUGAACCGUGGCUUUUCCGCCAACGAGAUGGUGGAGGCGCUUCGCUUGGAUAUCAGCUUCCGUAACCAGUCCACAACGAUCUCGGAAAGAAGGGAUGCCGAGACGCACAACAUGCUUAGCACCUUCCACCUCUUUGAUCGUGGACUCGGCUAUUCACAACCGGAUAUCCUGACCAAAGGUGGCUCAGCUUGCAACGUGCAGCGUGGAUCUCUCUGGAUGGAAGCAACAGGUGCACCAAUGCUGCUCACCACUGCAUUCGCCACUGAUGGUUGCAAGACAUUCCUCGAGAAGACGGCAUGCUCGCUCUACGGCUUUGACCAUCUUCCCCUCACGGUGGAUAUGCACCUGGUCAUGAUGAUCCACACACUCCAUCGACUGGAAGAGUGGGAUCGCAACGAGUACUUGCCUCCCAUCCGAUCUAAGCCUGCUUCGAGACGCUUACCUAGUCUCGCUCCGCAUCUGGCCGAGUGGAAGGAGGAUGUUAUGCCAGGACGAAGUAUCUGUCAGAUUGGUGUCAUGUUUAUUGAAGAGAUGGUGCAAGUUAUGCAGAAGUGGAAGCUUGCAUCCUCCUUGCACAGAGCAGUACCAUGGCAUUUCAAAAGUCGGCUCGCCACAUCUGCCAAUGUAGGCAAACGAUCGCCUGAGUUGCCAGACAUGUCCAACGAUCUUGCCAAGGCCAGUGUCAACACGGCAAGCAGCAUCAACAGUGGCAAUGGGAGCAACCUCAACGAUGCUAGUGUAGACCAAGCGCAAAGCUUUUCUCAGAAGCUCGAGUGUGGUAGUUUGGGUUCAGGAUUACCGCAACAGGGGAAUGCUACUCUCGCUGCUGGUGGGAAUGGAGGUAUGUUUGAUAUUCCCAUGUUCGAUCUUUUUGGUCCGAUGUCGACGACUGAUUGGACUAACAACGUGCCAUGGUUCGAUCCCGUCGAGAACGGCACUUCUGGCAACACGGCACUGCCAAGUAUCAGCAAUGGGCAUGGAUUGCCACAAUGGGACCAGCAUCAAUCUGUUGCACCUGCAAUGCAGAACACCUGGCCUGCCCUGCAGAGACAGCGGAGUACUGAGACCCUGCCUCCACUGCAGUACCCAUCGGGGCAAUGCAUGGCGCCACCACUGCCUCCGCAUCAUCAUCAGGGACAGUGGCACGGCUACAACUACGGCUACCCAGGAGACCCUACAUGCGGCCAAGGAUGGAAGCAGAACAUGAGCAGUGCCUACAAGGACGAGGGUGGGAGCCAGAAGGAAUGCUAUCCUCCCUCGUUCCAGCAGGCUUCCCACCGACCCUACUACAGCGGUGGCAGUCAUUAG